AACCUUUGAUAAAGACUUGAAAUAAAUUCAUUACACUUAUAUCUUCUGUAACAAUCUCAGAUUCGGCAGUUAAAUGACUGCUAACGUCCUACAUCAAGGCUCGUGUCAUUGUGGAGUUGUCAAAUGGAUGCUAUUAGCUCCAGAAGUAUUGGAGUGCAUUAAGUGCAAUUGCUCGAUAUGUAGGAAGAAAUCAAAUGAUCACUACAUUGUUACAAAGGACAAAUUCACACUAUUACAGGGAGAAGAGAAUUUGACAACGUAUACUUUUAACACACAUCAAGCAAAACAUCUAUUUUGUCGAACCUGCGGUGUGCAGUCAUUUUACACGCCAAGGUCGAAUCCAGAUUGUGUCGGAAUCAUGCCGCAUUGCAUAGACACACCAACCGUGAAAGAGCUGCGAUUUUCCACAUUUGAUGGGCAAAACUGGGAACAAGAAAUGAAAAAGAAAGCUCCAACUGCACAUUAGCUUGAUAUUAAGGACUGCAAUGACACUGAUUGUACGCAGCAGGCAAUCUUGCAUCAAAUUAAAGGAGAAUCUGAGCAAGCGUAAAAUGAUUGUCUACUGUGC